AUGCCUCGGAAUGUCAGUAAAGGGCAGAAGAUAGCUGCGUAUCAUACGAAUGUAAAGGCAACGAAUAGUCUAUGUGGUGGUUCAAGCCGUCUUCGUUAUGCUGCUCAAGACGCUGGAGAGGUAGCGAAGAUUUUCAACGUGGAAUCAAUGACGGGUACGAUUUGUCUGGAGAAGAAGCUCGACUAUGAGAAAAAUGUCAACCAUCAACUUACCAUAGCGGCCAUAGAUCAAAAUGGCUCAACUGGAACGUGUUUGGUUAGUGUACGAGUGCUUGACGUCAACGAUAAUCUGCCAGUUUUCCAUCCCACUCACUACAACGUCACCGUCAGAGAAGGAUUUCAAAGCGCUGCUGGCAAUCCGUUGCUGGUCGUGUCGGCCACUGACGAUGAUGACGGCAUCUUCGGGGAGGUCCACUUCUUCCUGAAAUCUGGAAAUCCAUCUGUGUAUAAGGUGGAUGAAACGACAGGGGAAAUAUUUUUGAAGAAGCCAUUGUCACAAGGUCAACACGAGAUUACGGUGCAGGCGAAAGACGGAAAUGGAGCAGAGAGUGAAGAGCCGGCUCACAUUCAUAUCUAUGUGAUAGCUUCGGAUGCAAUGGCCCCAUCGUUCACGCAGUCAAGCUAUUUGAUCAAAACUCCGGAGGACAUUUUGCCAGGGAUCUCAAUCGGAUCCGUCCUGGCCACCGGACCUGGCAUCAUACGCUACAGCAUCUACUCUGGUGAUUUGGAUCAUCAGUUCAUGAUUCAUCCGGACACGGGUCGGAUUACGGUAGCCAGAUAUCUGGACGCUGACAAAAUCGAUCGUGUGGUACUAAAUGUUAAGGCCGAGCUGAUGGGCGGUAGUUCAAACCAUACGCAGGUGGUAAUUCUAAUAGAAGACCACAACGAUAACCCUCCAAAAUUUCCAAUGGAUAUGUUGGAGAUUACGGUCAGCGAGAAUCAGAAGCCACACGAGCCAUUCUACAUCGUCUACGCCACGGAUAAGGAUAAGAAAAAGAAUGGUGCCGUGGUCUACUCAAUACUGUCAUCUCAUCCUCCAUGUCCGGUAAUGGUCCAGCCAUUAACUGGUCAACUACAACUUACUGAACCACUCGACUUCGAGAAGAUCAAGGAUUACCGUAUUCGAGUCAAGGUUCCCGAAAACUCGCCAUUGAUGACAGCUGUACUGAAAGUGAAAGCCAGAGAUGCAGACUCGAGAGAGAAUGGGAACGUGCUCUACAGGAUUACAAACGGAUCGAGUGCGUUCGGUAUCGAUGGAAAGAGCGGUGUCAUCUAUACUAACGAGAGUAUUGAUCGUGAAGCUCAAAGUGUAUACACGAUCACCGUGACGGCUCAGGAUCAAGGAGAGCCAUCGCUCUCCAGCUCAACCGUCGUUCAUAUUCACAUCGCUGAUGUCAACGAUAACGCCCCGUCGUGCACUUCUGUGGCAUCAAUGUUGGUACCGUUCGAAUCCCCGCCGUUGACUACCGUCGGUACAGUUGUGAUAUCCGAUCCUGACAAUGGUUCAAACGGUACUGUAGUCUACCGUAGUCAACAGUCUCAUCCGCUAUUCGUCGUCAAAAGCAACGGUGAUGUGCACCUCCGUCGCGCCCUUACCGACUCCGAUCCUACCGAUGUUCGUCUGUCGAUUAUAGCUUCGGAUCAGGGUGUACCAAGGAAAUCCACUGUAUGUCAUGUGCAGAUAAAAAUUGGACGAGGCACGUCAACUGUGAAGAUCAUCGAGCCGUUCGAAAGAAAUAUCCGUGUCCCAGAUGGGUGUUUAACGUCAGGUUGCACUCUUCGACAGCUGAAUGCUACCGGCGUUGUAAAAUGGCAGAUUCAAAGUAACGACGUGUCGAAUCAUUUCGCAAUCACCGAUGGUAAGCUAUCGAUGGUUUCUCCUCCAACUCAACCGCCACCAUGGCCAUUAUCUUUGAUACUCUCGGACAAGGAUGGACGACAGAAGCAUGUCUCCAUACGUAUACUCGAAUCGAACGCAAUUGCACCGGCUGAUCCCAUCAAGCUGUCUCCACUACUGCCGAUUGGAUCGAAAAUCGCCAACCUGGCUCCAAAAAUUAAUUCGAAGAGUAACCUACCUUACUUCUAUACUCUGAAAAAUGAGACGGACCUCCUUGAACUCGAUCAGUCUACCGGUGAAAUCUACUUGAUAAGGAAGAUACGAGAUCUUGCCGGCCAGCAGUUAUCGAUCUACUACAAUCAAAUCAAUCGAUCCACCUUCGAGUCUGAAGAGAAGCUAAUAGAAUUUGAGAUUGGAAAUGGCUCCGUUGAUGCUCCAUAUUUUGAGCAGGAAAUCGUCCGCGUUACAGUGGCCGAGGAUGCUGUCAUAGGUACAAUAGUCACCAUUGCGAACGCAACCACUUCAGCACAGUCCGCUUUACCGACAUAUCAGCUAAUGGAGCCAAGUCGCCAAUUCAUAAUUGACCAGUAUUCUGGUGAAAUCACUGUAGUAGAUUCGUUGGAUUGGAAAGAGGCUCCUCACCACUUGAUCGUUGUAGCUACGGUAGGAAGCCAGAAAACUAGCCAAUUAAUUGUGGUUGACGUUGAAGAUAAGAACAACAAUCAUCCGGAAAUUAUCAGCCCUGCUGAGGUGAUGGUAUUCACAGAACCGGCGAAUAGAGUCAUCCAUCAUGUUGUCGCUACCGAUGACGACUACGGCAAAAAUGCUGCCAUCUCCUAUGACGUGAUAUCUGAUCCCACAGAAUGUUUUGGGAUCGAUUCCAAGACAGGAAAAGCAGCGAUUCGGCUCUUCCCAUCAACGCCGACCUUUGAAAUCGAUAAUUCUGGAAAAAUUUCCUUGACGAAUACUGUAAACGCCGGUAUCCAUCGUCUCUCAGUGAUCGCAAAAUCUGAUCAUGGCGAGAUCGAUUCGUUGUCGAUAGUGGUGCGAGUGACUGAGAAAGACCAGACAACCCUACGGAUAAGCUCCGCCUCUUGUGGAUCAAUUACUGUGCCCGAAAACCGCCCGCUGAAGAAUUUCAAGCAGAUUGUUGCCCUCAACGCCUCCAACAGUACGAUAUUCGGUAUAAGAGGAUCCAAUCGGUUCUUCAGAAUCAAUCCCUCCACUGGGAAGCUAUCCAGUCCAGCACUUGAUCGAGAGCAACACUCCGAGCAUCUGCUGGUCAUCGUUGCACAGGAUGGAGAAAUUAAUGACUCUUGUACAGUACGGAUUACGGUGUCCGAUGUCAACGACAAUAUUCCACAAUUCGCUGCUUCCACUUCACAAGUGAUUUCUAUCAAUGGUACUGUAUCGCCUGGCGAUGUUGUUUACAAGUUCACAGCAUUCGAUCAUGAUGUUGGUGCGAAUGGACGAGUAUUUUUCGAUUUGGUCGAGGAUUUGAGUACAGCAUUCGAUCUUUUGCCGGAAACCGGUGAACUCAUCUUUGUCAGAGAGCCAAACGGUGUAGGAAAGGACUGGAUGAUUCGUGUCAGAGUGCAGGAUAAGGGGGUACCAUCACUUGGCGUUGACCGGCUGUUCAGAGUACAGAACUCCCGCUCUCUUCAUCCUCCGCAACCUGACGCUCAGCCAAGUUUUCUGCGGCAGAAAUACGUCGCAUCGAUCGACGAAGGAUUGACGCCGGGACAACUCGUCUCGAGGGUUGCGACAUCGUCUAGAGACUCUCGAAUCACUUACAGUAUCGUCGAAGGGAAUUAUGACGCUGCUUUCGAGAUUGAUGGCGACGGCAUGAUAAGAACUGCCCAGGAGUUGGAUUUCGAGAUAAAAGAGCAUUAUGAUCUGAAAAUUAUCGCCACCGGAUCAUUUGCCAGUCAGAUUGAGACCCAUCUCUCUGUGGACGUCAACAACAACAAUGACAAUCCACCGGCUUUCCCGCGACAGCAGAAAAAGAAAGUUUUAGAAACACUUCCGAUUGGCUCGUAUGUGACUACGGUAACGGCUACUGAUGCGGAUAAUCUGGCCGCGUUGGAGUACAGCCUCGACGCGAAGGAGGAGAGAUUCGUUAUAGAUCGUUUUUCUGGCGUGGUGCAUCUCAUUACGUCCUUGGACUACGAGACUGUCAAUGAGAUCAAUGUCGAUGUGAAGGUGACAGAUGGAAAUUAUACGGCGACGACAUCGUUUCUGGUUGCUGUGAUGGAUGUGAAUGACAAUGCACCCGAAUUUCAGCAAGGAAUUGUAGACAUUAAGAUUCCACAGUCUACGAAAGUUGACGAUGUCUUGGCAAAGCUCAUAGCGUUUGAUCGGGAUUCUGGUGAAAAUGGAAGAGUGUCAUACUCCUUAGCUGAAUCGUACGAAGUUUUCCAAUUGGAUAGUAACGAUGGAACUCUGACCCUACUCCAACCACUGACGAAACAGGCAGAAUUCCUGCUUUCCAUAACAGCGAGCGAUCACGGUUCACCGGUGUUGUCGUCGACGAUUCCAGUGCGGAUUACGGUAACGAAGGAAGAAGCCCAACAACGUCCCCAAUUCCCCCACUCAAAUUAUGACUUUGUGGUAUCUGAAUCGCUCCCGUUGCAUAUCACAUUUGGCGAUGUAUCCGUGGGCCAGUUACCGUUCUUCUACCGAGUCAUGGACGCGAAGGCUUCAGAUGUGUUCGACAUUGAUCAAUUAGGACGUCUUUCACUGAAGGCCCCGCUCGACCGAGAGACAAAAGACCUUUACACCUUUUCUAUCGAUGUUGCCGCUCAACCUCUGGUCUAUCAUCAGAAUUCCACAGCUAUCGUUACAAUUCGUGUCUCAGAUGUCAAUGAUAAUUCGCCGGUUUUCGCUCAGUCAGAGUACUCUGUUACAGUUAGGGAUGGAAUGCGAAGUGGGGAGUUGAUUCAGAGGCUAGUAGCCACCGAUGCGGACAGCGGAGAUAACGGUCGCAUCAGUUACCGUAUUCUCUCUGGAGACGACUACGGUAUCUUCUCUAUGGGAUCUGAAAGUGGUGCCUUGAUGUUCAAUCAAUGGGACGAUGAGCAACUUACACGACAUGUCGAUGGGCGAUGGAUCAUUUACGUUGAAGCAAAGGACCAUGGAAGCUUUCCAAGGGCUACUCUGAUUCCUGUAAAGGUCUCUAUUGUACUACAGUCAUGGUCCGGUUCGGCGCCAUUCUUCGUCCUCCCGUCAUUCCUAGUCCUUGUCUCGGAGGCUACUCCCCCGGAAAGUUACGUUUUCACAGCGCGAGCAACGAAUCGAUUCGGAAUUCCUAUGAAGAGUAAGUUUGCUAUACAACCGGCAAAUGGGUCUAUUCGCCUGAGAGAACAACUGGACUACGAGACCAAAGAAAACUACAAGAUGUCACUACAGGCAUCUGAUGGGAACGGGAGAUCAGCUGUGGUAUCGCUCGAAAUAGUUGUCGUACCAGUCGAUGAAUUUGCUCCAGUGUUCAGUCGUUCCAGCUAUACAUUCCAAGUAUCACUUGACGCUGAUGCCGGUGCCACCAUCGGUAACGUUCUGGCUGUUGACGCUGAUGAUGGUGUCCAUGGAGUACCUGAGUACCGUAUCGAACCUCCGAAUGAACUGGUUACAGUAGACAAACUUUCGGGAGUGAUAACCCUAAAAGCCAAACCAGAUGGCCGUCGGAAUCAUACGGUAGAGCAGGUUGUUGUGAUUGCUGCUAGCAGCCAUUUACAACAGACGAAGGCUACUGUGUACCUCGAGAUUGGCGAUUUCCCACUUCGACCAGCAAACUCGCCAUUUUCCUCGAACAUUUUCAAAAUCGGAGCCGUUGCCACUGCAGCUCUGUUCGUGCUGUUGAUCUGUCUUCUGGGUUGUUGUCUGUUUGGCUAUCGGUCGUCGAAACCCAAGGAAAUUGACAGUCCACGAAAGCAGGUUUACUCAAUCGGACGAGAAAAACGGGAACAAAAACUAGAAGAUAACGUAGCUAUUUGUCGGUUGGUCUCUUCACCAAAGCAACCACUGCCAAGCAAUGUUUCGCAGAAGACUUCGUCGAUGACGUCAUCAGCCUCGUCGAACUCUGGACUGCGUAAUUCAUUGCUGUCCCAUCGUGAAGCCGCUUCAACUCGUUCACAGCCAGAUUCAGGAAUCGAUCAGGAUACGGUAUCGGUGAACAGCUCAGUCACGGAAUACCUCAUUUCUAUCGGUGUGAAUCCAAACCCGAUCCAGUCGCGUUCACGAUUCCGGCGCCCAGAUACGAUCGAUUCGGCUUUAAAUGAAUAUAUCUAUGCACGGGUAGAAGAUGUACUUCCUCCAGGACCGGUCAAUCUAUCCGAAAAUGUUGAUCAGCUCGAAGAUCUUUAUCAGUUCUCUCAUUUACGUUCAUCAGCGCCAUCAUUUCAACCUCUGACAGAGAUUUUCGAUGAGCUUGAGGAGAUACAGCGUGAGCAACAAGGGAAACAUCGAGAAUACAUUCAAGUUGAGAUUUAG